AUGAAAGUGGAAACCUUGUCCGUCAGCCAGUAUUGUUGUAGCACUGACUGCAGCAGGAGGUCCUCUGGUCACCCACAGCUGAAAAACAACAAGGCCGUGUGAUGCAGGUACAGUUGCUUUCUGUUCAAGCUGCGGACCCACCAGUGGUGUUUCCUCCUCUUCAACGUGCUGCUCUUCCACGCCUUGUUGUUCGGGGCCGACUUUGUCGAGGAGUACCUCCUGCAGCCCUCGCCUGCUGUCUACACUGAUGGCACCGUUGUUGAUGUGAGGGAAAGAGCGAGGAAACUGGACCUGAGCAAUGCCAGGGAGAACGUGUCCCAGGUCUACCCCAUCACUAACCCUGAUGCCUGCAGGAACUCUGACCUCUUCCUCCUCACGCUAGUUUUCAGCUCCCCAGCGAAUGUCACCCAGCGAGAGGCAGUCAGGAGGACGUGGGCCAACCAAACUCUGAUCCAAGACUUUCCCGUGAAGGUGCUGUUCUUCGUAGGAUCUACUCAGACUUCUGCUGCACAGGAGACCAUCAUGAGAGAAUCUGACCACUAUGGGGACAUGGUCCAGGGUCAUGACGUGGCUGAUUCGUCCCUCCGGGGCCCAUCAGAGAGGACGGUGCUGGCACUCCGCUGGGUCAUCAUCUUCUGUCCUCUGGCGCGAUUUGUCCUGCUCACCGAGAACUCUGUGUUUGUCAACCUCCCUGCCAUCGGAGGCUACCUGCUCGGGUUGCACAGGCACCCUGAGGACCUUUACCUAGGUAGGGUGAUCCAGAAAGACCCACCUGAUAGAGACCGCAACAGUCCCGGCUACCUUCCCCUCGUUCUCUACCCUGACAAGUACCUGCAUGAAUACUGUGACGGGACGGCGUACGUUCUGUCCCAAGAUGUGGUCCGAAAAGUGUACGUCGCCUCUGCGGCGGUUCGAGCUCCUGUGAGAGCUGCUGUGUUUGUGGGCCUUUGUGCUCACAAGGCUGGUGUGGUACCGACCCACUGCGCCAAGUUCUCAGGAGAAAAACACAUCCCUUACAACGCCUGCUGCUACCACUACCUGUUCAGCUCAGCAGGGAUGGGGAAUCGUGAACUGGAGAGAGUUUGGGCAGACCUGGGACAGAAGGGCGGAAGAUGCACACUGUUCAAGACCUACUAUGGCCUGGUGAAAUGCAAGGCCCUCUCAUACCUGGAUAAACUGUCCUUCUUCAACUCACAGGGACUAGCCUGACCGCAUGGAUAAUUACAUGGCGUGUGCUUGUGGGUGAGAUGUAGACAGAGACAGACAGGAAGUGGGGUUGGAAGAAAUAAAAAGAGUGUGCAAAGUUGUUGUCCUUGUACAUAAGUGGGUGGCCAGUAUUUGCUUUAAUUGCUUUAAUUAUUGGUAUGACAGCACUGAUCACUAUAAUAAGAAAAGGAAACAUUCAGCCUUUUUCAGAGGGAAUUAUAAAUACGAUAAAAAUAAAAUCCAGUUGUUAUGGUUAUUUCCUGCUGUAAGGAGGAAAUGCGGUAUAGAUGGAUGAUUGAUUGAUGGAUGGAUGGAGAGAGAG